AUGGCGGAUCUGACAAACAAUCCGGAGGCAUGCCUCUUACAUAUGUCAGCGUCCCCAUUAACCACUUACAAGCGCUCGCCACCUGUUGGACGCAGCCAGGGCAUCCAUCCCUCUGCUGUGGAAACAACCCCACCCCCCGUCAAUCACGUUAUGGUUGUCCAAGGAUUGGGCGAGCUGGCAAAAAUUUACACUGAUACUAUAUGCUCUUCUAAGAUUGCCUGCAUGGAGGAUGCUGUAGCCUCCUUGUCUGACAAAGAGAACCAAAGAGCUCUUCAGGAAGCUAUACAGCACUAUCAGAACAAGAUGGAGGAAGUUAAGUUGCCCACUGAAACAAAUGAUGACUUCUUUAACAUGAGCAGACAGUAUGAAGAUGAAGCUCGGAAGUUGUUUAUGGAAAAAUCCUUCAGGGAUGAAAACCAAAAGUUUCUUAAAGAAUUUAUGAAAAAUCUACAUAAUGUACAAAAUGAGCUUUGGACCAGGAAUGAGAAGGUGUCUCAGGAGGUAUGUGAGGCUACCAUCAAGAAAUAUUCUGCAGAUUUAGAGAAAGAUUUGAUUGAGGGAGAGUACUUCAAGCCUGGAGGACAUGGAAAGUACAAAGAGAAUUUGCGUGCCAUGGAAAUAUCCUAUAACAAUGAAAGUGGAAAAGGUGUAAAGGCGGAAGAAGUGCUGAAGGAGUACAUUGAAUCUAAAAAAACCAUUGAACUUGCAAUAAUACAAGAGGACAAUGCUAUGACCCAAAGAGAAAAGGAGAGAGCAGAGGAAAAUAAUAGGAGACAAAUUGAGGAGAUGGAAAAACAAGUGAGGAAAAUGGAAGAAGAGCGCAGAGCUCAAAAGCAUCGGGAAGAGCAAGCCGUUCUACGGCAGACCAUUAAAGAUGCAGAAGAGAAAAUUAAGCAAGAAAGAAACAAUAUGAAUAAGAAGAUGGCAGAAGUCCUGAGGCAGAAGCAGAGGGAACGUCCCCCCACUUCCCCCAUCCCAACCAGGAGGAUAUAUAAAGCCGCUGCAAUGCAUCUUCACAAAGAAAAGAGCUCCGGAGAAAUCACUGACACGCCGUCGUCUGCUCACAUUCCAGAACUGACUGAAUCCUCUGCCAUGGAAUCAGCAAUCAGAAUGGAUAGCCCAAUCUGCCUCAUUGAGAACAGGAUAGAAAGAGGAAGAGCAAAGCUUGUGGUGAACCCUGAGGCCGUCAACAUCCUCUCCAACAUCCACCAACCAGUGGUGGUGGUGUCCAUUGUCGGCAUGUAUCGGACUGGAAAGUCAUACUUGAUGAACAGGUUGGCUGGAGCUCAGAAAGGCUUCAGUCUGGGUUCUACUAUUCAGUCUCAGACCAAAGGUAUCUGGAUGUGGUGUGUCCCUCACCCCAUGUAUAAGGAUCGUGUUCUGGUUCUCUUAGACACAGAAGGCCUGGGGGACGUAGAGAAGAUGAAGGCGGUUCAAGGGUUAACCAAUGUGAUAAACACUAGAAAGCAAAUGGAGGAAAUGCAAGAAAGACUUCAACAACUGAAAGAAGAGCAGGAGAACCAGAAGUCAAAUGAAGAGAUGGCCAACCUUAGGGCGACUGUUCAAAGGUUACAGGAGAAAAUAGAGGGAGAAAAAAGAAUCAUGAAUCAGAAACUGGAACAAGUCACCAAGGAGAAGGAAAGGGAACGGGAAUCGUACCUGGCGCAGGGGCGUCAAGAGGAAGCUAAGAGGUACGAGGAACAGAUCAGAGUGAUCGAGGAAGAAAAGAAAAACAGAGGCUACUUCACUAGA